AUGCUGUCAGUCAUGAGAGAGUGCAUCAUUGGAGAAAUCAGGAGUGCAGACUUUGUCUCCAUUCAAGCUGAUGAAACAAUGGAUAUUUCUACUCAGUGUCAGCUUGUGCUUGUGAUUCGCUUCAUCGAUAAAGCCCAUCAUGUCCAAGAGCGUUUUUUUGAGUUUAUACCUCUUCAAAGUGCCACAGCUGAUUCCAUCGCCACUGCACUUCUUCAUAGGUUGAGCUCCAUUCUCCCUGACGACCAGAGGAGCAAGCUCAUUUCCCAAGCAUACGAUGGUGCAAGUGUCAUGAGAGGAGCAACAGGAGGUGUACAGAAGAAAGUCCAAGAUGUUUAUGUAAAUGCUCACUAUGUCCACUGCUAUGCUCAUCAACUAAACCUUAUCAUGCAGCAAGUGACUUCCCAUAUCCCAAAAGUGAGUCAUUUCUUUUCAGACCUGGCUGGAUUCUCUAGCUUUUUCUCAAGAUCUCCAAAGAGAACCAGCGUGCUUGAUAGAGUGGUAGCCCACAGACUUUCAAGAGCAAGCACAGUGAGGUGGAACUUCCACAUCCGAGCUGUGAACACUAUUUUUGAGCACAAAGAAGACCUGCUCCAGUGUUUUGGAAACAUCAGGGAUUCAGGAGAGUUGGAUCCUACCACUGUGAGAGAAGCUGGAGGGUUUGUGAGGCUGCUGGAGGAUGAUAGUUUCAGCUUCUUCCUGAAUCUGUUCCAUCUCAUCAUGCCACAUGUGGAUAUUCUCUACAGCCAGCUCCAGAAGAGGACCAUCGAUUCUGUCUUUGUUCAGGGAAUCAUGCAGAAGUUCACAGACAACAUACAAAAGAUCAGAGACUCCCUCUUCACUCUCUGUGGAGAACACAGUGGCAGUCGAUCUCAGCUGGCCAAGAAACGCCGCACCCUGGGCCCCGGUGAACUUCAGAGGGUAUCCACAGAGGUUUGUGACACCAUCUUGGUCCAUGCAAAGCAGAGAUUUGCCUUCACAAAGCAUCUGAUCAGUGCUACACUGCUGCAGGCAGACAGAUUUCAACAGUACCACAGCCAGUUCCCUGAAGCAGCACUAAACACCACUGUGGAGGCUUACCCAAUGCUGAACAAGAACAAGCUGAAAACUGAACUGUCUCUCAUCUACAGCAAUGAUGAGUUCAAGAGCUGCAGUAGUGCUGUGGCUCUCUACCAGCUUUUCAUGGAGAACAAUCUUCAGGACACCUUCUCAGAGACUGUUGCUCUGCUUAAGAUCCUCAUCACAACUCCCAUGACCACAGCUGAAUCUGAGAGGUGCUUCUCAACACUGAAGAGAAUCAAGACCUUCCUUAGGAACACAAUGUCACAGGAUCGUCUCAAUGCAUUGGCCAUGCUCUCGAUGGAGAAGAAUCUUAUUAAAACCAUCCCUGACUUCAACCAAAGAGUCAUUGAGAAAUUUGCUACUCUCAAGGACAGAAGGGCAAAAUUUAUGUACAAAAAAUAA